AACCGAAAUGUUCACUAAAGUUGGAGUCACCGAGCAGCACGGCUACAUAUUUUCUGAGUAUGCUCCCUAUUCGGAGUACGACGAUUAUGUGGAUGACACAGAUGGAAGAAUCUGUCCUCCUCAGAAUUUACAUUUCCUUAACAUCGCAAUCUCAAUUCUCUACUACCUGAUCUUCAUCGUUGGGUCGUUGGGGAAUAUAUUUGUUAUCAUAGUAAUGAUCUGCAAAGAGAGGAGGAGGAAGAGACUGGUAGAUACUUUUGUGAUUAAUUUGGCCUUUGCAGAUCUAAUCUUUGUCUUCACCUUGCCAUUCUGGGCAGCCUCAGCCAGCAGCGACCAUCAGUGGAACUUUGGCAGCGCCUUCUGCAAGAUCAGCAGCUAUAUUGUUGCUGUGAACAGGUAUUCCAGCAUCUUCUUCCUUACCUGUAUGAGUAUUGACCGAUAUCUAGCCAUCGUGAAACUACGGGACUUCAAGCACAUCAGAACCCAGAAAUACGCCGUGACCAUUAGUUUAAUGAUCUGGGUCUCUUCCCUGCUUCUCGCCAUACCUUCCGCCUACUUUCGAAAACCUGACCAAUUGAACGUGACCCAGUGCAGGGAGGACACGGAUUCCCCCUUCCUCCGAAUAUUCAAUCUGACCGCUGUCAGCCUGACCUUUGUCCUGCCCGUUAUCAUUAUCCUGUUCUGCUACUGCUCCAUCCUUGUCAAGCUCCGGCAUCAUUAUGGCCACAGCACGAAAGCCAUCCAGAGACGGGAAAACUCUCUAAAAAUCGUCUUCGCCAUCGUGUCGGCUUUUGUUUUGUCCUGGUUGCCUUUUAAUGUGUUCAAAACGAUCGCUCUGUAUUUGCAGUUCCACAACACCGACCUGUCCUGCUGGACAGUAGUGAGCCGAGGUUUGGCCAUUGCUUCGUGCAUUGCUUUCAUUAAUAGCUGCGUGAACCCGAUCAUUUAUGCAUUUUUAGACCGGAAUUUCAGGCAGAGAACUGGCUGGCUCACUUCUUAUGUUUUUGCCAGUCUGGGCAAGAGAAGCGGUAGCUUUGGGUCUGGGUCAACACCUUCAGAGAGCAGCACAGUGCUUAGAAUACAGAGUCUUCUGUCCCAACAGUGAAUGUUAUCUGUACACAAAUUUCUUUUUUUAAGAAAGGUGCCAGACAAGCUGGUAUUGCUGAUUAAAUCUGUCUACAGCUAAAAUGUAAAGGGCUCUUCUUCGAAAAGGGAUUUUUGCAAGCUUCUUAUACAAAUGUAUCUGAAAAUUGGGGAGGUUGAGCACAGCUCUGAUCGACACAAAGAGCAAAUAUGUUGCAUUGAAUAGUUGACUUGAGUUUGUACUUUCACCGAGUGUCAAACGUCUAGAUCAGCUUGCUCUGUCGUCAUUGAAAAGCAAUGCAUGUUUCUUACCAUGUAACCAAAGUAUUUG